UGAGAGGAGGUGGAGUGGCGGCUGUGGCUGGUUCGAACAGCUCAGUCCGAUGGAGAGCCAGGCGGAUGGACGUGACCGAGAUGAUGGAGCUGUGCUCGACGCUGCCAGUCACCGUUUCAGCGAAUGGGAUUUUUUUUUGUUUUUUUGGAAAGGAGCGAGAGCGCAAACGGCUCAUGCACACUCACCACCAAAGCGCUCAGCACACGCGCAGCCGCCGCCGCCGCCCCCAUCUCUGGUUCCUGCGCGGAGCCAGCCAGCCGCGCACCCCGCCGCCCAGGGCAGAGGGGCCGGGUAACCACCCGCAGGCGCGGCGGCCGCCCGAGCCCCGCUGCGGCCAAUCGGCGCUCGCCAGCCCGGCUCCCCGAGCGGCCGCUCGCCGCGGGCUGGAAGCUCGGAGCCAUUCAUGAGUUUGGUGACGUCAUCCGAGGGCGGGGGCGGGCGCUCUGGGCACAGCCACGCCCCUUCCCCUAUAUAAGCGCCUUCCCGGGCCGCCGGGGCGGCUCAGGGCUGUAGUGGCAGCUGGCCGCGUGUGUCUGGGCUUGUGGGUGAAGAGCCGAUCAGCGCGUCGCCUCCCCGCCGGGCUGCUCUGCCCCUGGCCGCCUCGCACUGCUCUCAGGGGAAGCCACUGGGCCCUGCCUUUGCACCCCAAGGCCGCGUGUCAGCCUUCGUGGUAGGACUUCAUGUCUGUAUUUUUCCCCAUUCGCUGCCCUGAUUAUCUGAGAUCAGCUGAAAUGACUGAGGUGAUGAUGAAUACUACAUCUAUGGAUGAAAUCGGGCUAAGCCCCCGCAAGGAUGGCCUAUCAUAUCAGAUUUUCCCUGACCCCUCAGACUUUGACCGUUACUGUAAGCUGAAGGACCGCCUGCCUUCCAUUGUGGUGGAGCCAACAGAGGGGGACGUGGAGAGCGGUGAGCUGAGAUGGCCACCUGAGGAAUUCCUUGUCCAGGAAGAGGAGGAGGAAGAAGAAAACUGUGAAGAGGCAAAGAAAGAGAACAAAGAGCAAUAAAUGGCAGCUGAAGAAAAUACAAGGGAUUGUAUUGUCUUGAGGGAAGUGCCACACCUGUUCUGAAGGUCUUUUUUUCUUAAGAAAAGACAAAGUUCAAUUUUGCACCUGCAAGAUCUUAGGUUUUUUCAUAUUCUCUGUUGAGAACUGAAGCCCUCGAUGUGACAGACUCUCCAGACCUUCUGAGGAAGGAAGUCAUGCAGAGAAAAAUGUUUGCUGUUCUCAAGAUCACUUUUUUUUUUAAGACUGAGGCGGCAGUGAAAUUCCAAGGCCCUUGGUGGCUGGUGAACAAGCAGGGUUGUUUAAUGAGUUGUGAGGAGGGUGGGAAUAAAGCGAAAUGUAAACUGCAGCAGUGUUGAGCAAGGAACUGCCUCUGGCUACAAAAGCAUGAGACUAGAGUCUUCAUCUCUCAAACUUUCCUUUCUUAUAAGCUUCUGUUUGUGUAUCUGGAGUGGAGGGGAAAUGUAUGGUGAUGUGUCCCAAAUGGAUGCUCUGCUGACAAUUGCUGGGUGGCAUAGAGAGGCAAAGGGGCUUGUAGUCUUUUCCCAGUUGCACAUCUCCUGAAGUUACACACUCGUGUGUAAGAGUAAUGCAUUUCUUGUGUUAACUAUCAAACCUGAUCCCAGUCUUUGCCCAGAAGAUAUCUUCUCUCCUUCUUUCUGUCUGCAUUUAAUCCUUGUAAUGCUGAACAACUCAGCUGGCGGGGUCAGUGUGUUCUGCUGCUACUCUCAAUCUGUUUUGCAAGGUCCUCAUUUAUCUUGCAGAUUAGUAUGAGGUAACAAAGAAAUUUCACAUAACAUCUAAAUCUACCCGAGAUCUUGUUCUAGAAGUAGUUAGGAUGUUUCUCUCCUGCUAGCUGAGACUGCUGUAGGAAGACACAACUCAUGGUGCAUAAAGUUUGUAAGGUGAAGGGGCCACCUGCCUUCUAGAUUCUGGGGCUGCAUGGUUUCCAUCUCAAACAUGCUGGGUCAACACUCUGAUCAAACUGGCUGAGUAGAGGGACAUGUGGAGAAUCUGCAGGGAUUUGGUAGGUUUGGGUUUUCUUCAUCAGCACUGCUUUACCAGAGUUCCAAGACCUGGCAAUGCUGGCAGACCAAGAUGCUUGCAAAAAUCAUCUGCGUAAGAAUGGAUGAAAUUGAAAAUACGCACAUGCAACAAAGUCGGAAGAAUGUUGCCAAAACUGAAAUCAAAGAGGCAGUCCUAAAUCAAAUGGCUGACUUGAAAGGAUAAGAUGGGGGUGGGGAAAUGAUUCCUCUCUCCACAGAAUUUCAUGGCUUUUGAGUGUUCUGGGCAAGAGGAUGUGCUUCUGAUUGUAACAAAGCAUUAUAGGGUUUAAUAAAGGGGCAAGCUGGUUUGUAAGGUCUUAGGGUAUCCCAUGCAACUUGUUCAGUGCUGAGUUCUGUCUCUGUCCUACCUGACCUUAGUCUACUAGGGGAACUGGUUGAAAGGCAGGCCGACUUGCCACUUUCCACAAAAGUGGCAUCUAGCAACUUUAUGGAAAAGCCUGAGAAGGCUCCAAGGCAUCUGCUGGGGAGCUGACAGGUCUAAGAAUAAAGUGCUGGUAGUUUCCACCUUAAAACAAGUCUGGAGAUGCUAAAGGAAGAAACAGAUGUUAAGGCCUUAACCAGACAUUUUGAUAAAACCCAGUGCAUCCCAUCUGCUAAUAACUGGUUCAAUUAAAAAUAUAUUUGGGGUGUGUGUGUGUGUGUGUGUGUAUGUAUAUAUUUGUAUCUAAUACCUCAUGAGUAGUUUAAACGCUGGUGGGGGGUUGGGGAUUGCUUUUAACAUAUCGGCAGGAUUGUUUUAGUCUUUGUCUUGCUUGUGGUUAAACAUAAUGGCAAUAACUUAUCAGCUCUGUUACUAUUUCAGACAGACCUGAGGAAUUGGAGACUGACUUUUUUGCAUUGUUUAGACUAAUAGCAAUGUAGAAUGCAGCUUCUCUUCCUCCUUUUUAGCAGCAAAGAACCAGUCUCUCUCUUCUUCCCCCACCCCCCCCCCACCCCCCCAGGUUUGGUGGAUGUUGUCAUCACUGACCUCUCAUCAUGAUCUAGUGAUAUCAUUUUUAAACUGAUGGAUCCAGCUAUUUGUAUCUGAACAUCUGUUCUAGUCUUGCUAUCCAAUGGAAUGAGCUUGUACACCUGUAUACCAGCCAGUUUCCUUUUUUUAAAAAAAAAAACUGUUACUAGUCUCCAAUCUGUGCCACCAUGUUGAGACUUAACAGAGGUUACGAUGUGGGUAGCAAAAAGAGGAAAAUCCUUAUCCUCCAGAUGUGAGGAGAAAUGUCUGCCGUAAAGACUGGCAUAUUCUUGUCUGCAUCCUCUUUUUUAUGGUAUUGUGUAUAUUUCUAUUUGUCAAAUGUAUUUGAAGAACAAAGCACUCCAGUAAAACUCCUUGUCUGAUGUACAUUCUAUUUCUGUAAUUCUUUUUUGAGCCUCAGGGAGAAGCUAGCUUUUUUUUCCAAACUACUUUUUUUUGUCACUGUGACAGUUGUAAAUAAAGUUUGAAAAUGCUUUCCAA